CUUGUGAUGUAUAGGUUAGUAUGGUAUAGUCAAAUGUUCAACACUCCGCAGUACGUAUAUGUUGGUUAAGGCCGCUGUAGAGGCAUGCGGGAGGUGGACUCUGGCCACUCAUUUAGUACUCCUCAGCUAUAUGUUUGUGUUCAGCUGUGAUAUGAUAACACCUCAGAAUGAAUUUGAUAUACGCAGUCCCCUGAGAGCGCGAUUGUUUAGUCGGACACUUAACUAUGUCUCGUUCAACCCGCCCCAACUCUCGCACCGCUCGCAAUGCCAAUUGUCCGAUACGAAAUACGAAACUCAGUUAAAAGGGUCUACUGCAGAUAUAGGAUAUAGAUGUAUUUGUAUUUGUACUCGUAUUUGUGUCUGUUGGAUCGAUCCUCGUAUGCGAGUGUACGUAUGUUCUUGCAAUUGCCCAUUAAUAUUCAAUAGUGGUCCAGAUAACACUCUCUAUACCCG